AUAGGGGCGGAGGGGAGUGGAAGAGAAGGCGUAGCCCGAGCUGCUUUACCACCAGCACAUUGACCAGCUUUAUAAAUUCCGCUCCCGGGGAACGACGCAGUUCAUUUUUGCGCAACCCGUUGCAGCAGAGCUUUAGCGAUUUUCCAAGAGCGCGUUUUUUUUUUCUCUCUCUUCUUCUUCUUCUCCCGACUCCAUUCCAAGCCCAUGGCGAACUACAUCCACGUCCCCGAAGGUGCGCCAGUCGUGCAAAAACUGGACGUGACCGUGGACGAGAACGACUACAGACCAGUAGCUCUGCAGCUCAUUAAGGCGCUCAGACCUCACUGGAAACCGUCCGAGGUCAAAAUGAAGACUUUCACAGAUGGCAUCACCAACAAGCUGAUUGGCUGCUACGUGGGUGGGGCACUGCAGGACGUAGUGUUGGUGCGCAUCUAUGGCAACAAAACGGAGCUUUUUGUAGACCGUGACAACGAAGUGAAAAGCUUUCGCGUGCUGCAGGCGCACCGCUGUGCCCCUCGUCUCUACUGCACCUUCAACAAUGGCCUCUGCUAUGAGUUCCUUCAGGGCGUGGCUCUGGAACCUGAGCAUAUCCGCAACCCCACUAUUUUCAGGCUCAUUGCAAGGCAGAUGGCAAAAUACCAUGCCAUCCACGCACACAACGGCUGGGUUCCCCAGUCUGAUCUUUGGCAUAAGAUGGGCAAGUACUUCUCUCUCGCCCCCACCUACUUCGAGGAUCCAGAAAAGAACCAGAGGUUGAGAAGCCAGGUGCCUGAUGCGAUGUGUUUGAGUGAGGAGCUGCUGUGGCUCCAGCAGAACCUCUCCAAGCUCAACUCGCCUGUUGUUCUCUGUCACAACGACCUGCUGUGUAAUAACAUCAUCUACCAACAGGAAGGAGGACAUGUCAAAUUUAUUGACUACGAAUAUGCAGGGUACAAUUACCAAGCCUAUGACAUUGGGAACCACUUCAAUGAAUUUGCAGGUCUGAAUGAGGUGGAUUACAGUCUGUAUCCUGAGCGUAGCUUCCAGCUGCAGUGGCUGCGAGCGUACCUGGAGGCCUAUAAGGAAUAUAAAGAUCUGGGCACUGAGGUCUCCGAGGUCUCCGAGGCAGAGGUGGAGGUCCUGUAUGUCCAGGUGAACCGCUUCGCCCUGGCAUCUCAUUUCUUCUGGGGUCUGUGGGCAUUGAUCCAGGCUCAGUACUCCACCAUUGACUUUGACUUUUUGGGAUAUGCCGUUCUUCGCUUUAACCAGUACUUUAAGAUGAAACCUGAAGUCACGGCGCUGAACUUUCCAGAAUAGUGCCUCUAACUGGGUGGUUGUGCUCCCCCUGGUGGAUGUGGGCAACACUAGCAGAGCUCUUCGUUCUGUGGGUUUAAAGCUGAACCUACCAGGUUGAAUGCUAGAAAACAAAACAAAACAAAACAAAAACCAUGAGGAAAAAACCAUCUUUCUCUGUUCAGCACCUCCUUUUUAGUUUGUUUGUUAUGUCAAGAGCCAUCUCAAAGUGUCGUCGAUGUUCUCAUAGAAACCUGGGAUGGUGUCCCUAGAUGUUCUGCACACCCUGGUUGAACCAUUGCAGUAAAAGGGGAUUAGGACCAAGAAAACAAAACGAAACAAAUAAACAAAGAUGUAUAUUAUAUAUAUAUAAUCUAUAUAUCUAUAUCAAGGCCUCUAUCCUUCAUCACUGAUAGAGUGGUCCAAAUUGUGUAUAUUUGCUGUAUAUGUGGUAACCUCCCAGACUCAGUAGUGCAUUUGUCAUUCCUGGUUGUUUACAGUGAAAACGAGUGAAUACAGGUUUACUGGUUCCAUCUGCUAGCUGUUAGAGUUUUCAAAUUCAGGCUGGAGAUUUUCUAGCUGCUUUAUGAUCUGCAAUUGGGGGACCAAAGGAACCUCACGUUGAGCUCAUGCUUGCUAUGUUUUUUUUUUUUUUUUUUUUCUCCUCUUGUCACUGUGAGACACUUUACUGCAUUUUCAUUAUCUGGUUAAAAAAGGUGCUUAGUGAUAGUUUAUCACUAAGGUAUACUAUCAGUACUACUAUAUUAGAGUAGUAUAUUAGUAUAUUUUUUAAAUAUGAGAGCAAGUAGCGGUCACCCUACACCAAAGUGCUGAGGUUCUUCCUUUUGUACAGAGUGCACAACCUUAAAAAAAAAAAAAAAUUUCUUUUUAUAUAAAUAAGAAAAGGUUUGUUUGAAUGGUUGUUGUCGUGGCCUUGAAGUGAUGCCUUAAAUAAGGACUGCUGAUGGACAGACCAUGAUGCUAAUCCAGCUCUCUUCAAUUGGUCUUAAGUGUAUUAAAACUGAGUUUUGACUUGGACUUGUGAGACCAGACUUGCACUAAAAAAAAGCUUUUUUUCCCCCACCUCAAAAGCCCUAUUCGGACAGGAUUGUUUAUUAUCUGUUUGCCCACUUUCAUCUAAACCUCUAUAAAUCACAUGAUCCAAUAUUGAAAAAAUUCACUAAACUCUAUAUAAUCUCAAUUUCCUGCAGUGCAAGUUUCAGUGUCCAGAUUUUCUUUAAAAAAAGAAAUCAGUUUCACGUCUAAUUCACUCACAUAAAAAAAAAAAAAACGGUGAGCUUCCAACAGCUCCACACCCACGAAUUGUAUAAAAAAAUAUUACAAAAUAUUACAAUUGUGGUAUUGUGCCAAGUGUGCAUUAAUCAAUAUUGUGUUUCGCAGUUUUUUUUUUCCUGCUAAUCUGCAUCCUGUUAAGAAAAGUGUGUAAAAGCUGUGUGUAAAUGUUUUCACAGGACAGAGAUUGAACACUAAUUUCAUACAUGUGCAUAUGUUGAAACAUUUCCAAGCUAAUUGACAUUUAACCAUGGCCACAAAACUCCAUGAAAGGUAAAGCUCACAAACAUAUAUAUAUAUAUAUAUAUAUAUAUAUAUAUAUAUAUAUAUAUAUAUAUAUAUAUAUAUAUAUAUAUAAAUGGUGACUAAACUGUGAAAGAGCAUAUCUUAAAUGUGGAGUACAUUUAAUCUUCUUGUAAUGCAGCUCAGCCACUGCAGUGCUUCCACUUGCCAAAGAUAUACACUAAUUGUCCCUGCUGUUGUAAACAUGAUGGGUCACAAAAUUUUUAAUUAAUAAAUAUGAAGUAAAUAAGUCAUUUAAACGCAACCAUGUAAUGUUAUAGACAACUAACCUUGACUGAAUAGGGCUUUAAAAACCUCAGUUGCGUCUCACAUCUGUCUCUUUCAUAUUUAUCAGCUUGUUUGAAACUGUAACAAACUGGCCGUGUUGUACAUAAUAGAUACUGUGAAAAACCAGGUCUCUAGAUUUGAUGCUGUUAAUAAUUUAUCCUUUCUCCUCUUCUCGCUCACCCAGUAUAACAUUUCUGAGUAGUCCAGACACCGGGAUGUGUGUCGUGAUUCACCAAAUCACUGCUGAACCUUACGCUUCGAAGAAAAUCAAAAAUUACAUUGUUUUGAAACAGUUCGUUUUCUGUCUGCCUUCGUUAGCAGGGCUGUUUCUUUUCAAACUGAUGAAGUUUUUACUCUUGGACGUGUGAUUGUACAGAAAAUAAUUCAGCGCAAGUGUCCAGUAGCACUUGAAAAAUUGUAUGUGAAUAUUUGUACAUCUUUAAAACAGUUGCAAUAUCUUUACUUUGUGAGUUACUGUACAUAAGCGAGAUUUACUUUUCUUUAUUUCCGGUUUGUUUUCUAAAAAUGAACUGAUUAAAACUGUUAUUUUUUGGGGGGGAAGGGGAAAAUAAAAAGAUGGGAUGUAGAGAUAACGUUUAGAAUCUGUAUUACUUUAUUUGAAUGCUAAUAAAACUAUCAAAACA